UAGUGAGAGUAUAAAAUGGUAGUAAUAUGGGAGGAAGAUAUGCGAUUGAAUUCCAUGGAGAAAACGAUGCCACUCAAAUUCUACUUCAUUCAUGUCCUAGCAGCAGGUCACAUGAUUCCUCUAUGCGACAUAGCCACCCUCUUCGCCUCUCGUGGCCACCAUGUCACCAUCAUCACCACCCCUUCCAACGCCCUAACUCUCCGCAAAUCCCUCCCCUCCCACCCCUUCCUCCGCCUCCACACCGUUCAAUUUCCCUCCCAAGAGGUUGCUCUAGAUCUCCCCGACGGCAUCGAAGUCACCGACGCUGACCAACUCGGCAAGGUCUUCCACGCCACCACCACGCUCCAAACCCCCAUCCAGAACUUCGUGGAGGAGAACCCACCUGAUUGCAUCGUCGCAGACUUUCUAUUCCUCUGGGUCGAUGACUUGGCCAAAAACCUUAAAAUCCCUAGACUUGCCUUCAACGGCUUUUCCCUCUUCACCAUCUGCGUCCUACAGUCCUCCCACUAUCCCAAUUCUCUUCUCCCUCACCCCAUCACCCUCAACGCAUCACCGCCGAAGGAGUUGCCCGAAUUCUUUGAUAAGAUGCUGGAGACGGAGCUCAGAAGCUACGGCCUAAUCGUGAACAACUUCGCGGAGCUCGACGGAGAAGAGUACAUCCGCUACUAUGAGAAAACGACGGGGCACAAGGCUUGGCAUCUUGGGCCGGUCUCUCUCAUAUCGAGAACCCCUGAAGAGAAAGCAGAGAGGGGCAUGAAGAGCGUGGUGAGUAUACAUGAGUGCGUGAGUUGGCUUGACUCCAAGGCAGAAAACUCGGUGGUAUACAUAUGUUUUGGGAGCCUUUGUCAUUUCCCGGAUAAACAGCUUUAUGAGAUUGCAUGCGGGAUUGAAGCGUCGGGUCAUGGGUUCAUAUGGGUGGUGCCGGAGAAGAAGGGGAAGGAGAAGGAGAGGCAGGAGGAGAAGGAGAAGUGGAUGCCGGAGGGGUUUGAAGAGAGGAAUGCAGAGAAGGGGAUGGUUAUCAGGGGGUGGGCUCCACAGUUGGUCAUCCUGAACCACCGUGCCGUUGGAGCAUUCUUGAGUCACUGCGGGUGGAAUUCCAUCGUGGAGGCGGUGAGUGGUGGCGUCCCGAUGAUUACGUGGCCGGUGCAUGGAGAACAAUUCUACAACGAGAAGCUGAUAAGCGAGGUGAGGGGAAUUGGGGUGGAGGUGGGCGCAGCAGAGUGGAGAGGCACAGGGUUUGGUGAGAGAGAGAUGUUGGUGUGCAGAGACAGCAUUGAGAGAGGUGUGAGGCGGAUAAUGGACGGUGGUGAUGAAGCGCAAGAGGUGAGACGGCGUGCACAAGGGUAUGGGGAAAAGGCGCGUGAAGCCGUCAGAGAAGGAGGUUCAUCUCACAACAAUUUAACGGCCCUCAUUCAUGAUCUUACACGGCUCAGGGAUGCCAAGCUUAUCUCAUCAUGAUUCAAGACACUGUCAAACUUCUGAAAGGAAGAAGUUUUCGUGAUAAGAUACUCUUUAAUAAUUAACAAAAUAUUAUUAAAUAAAUUACUUUUUUAAUUUGCA